GUUGUACGCGCGGCGCCACGGGUACCGAAUGGUGGUGGAGAACGGAUCCAAGUACACUCCGGACAGACACCCGUCGUGGUUCAAGGUGCCGUUCCUGCAGUCACAGCUGGCGUGUUGCUGCGAGUGGGCCUUCUUCCUCGACUCAGACGCCUACAUGCGCAUGGACCACCACCGCCUCUCCAUCCCCACCUGGAUCCAAUCCAUCAACCAACCUAGCUACUUCUCCUGGCUGCUGAGGGACAAUCUCGCCAGCACAUAUACAGCCAG